AUGUCUCGCCUCUACACACACAACUCUCAGGGCCGCCAGCCUAUGCUGGGUUCCCCACCCAGAUUGUCCAAGUCCAAAGAAUAUUCCCAUGAUACCUUCCACGGUCCCACGGGCAAGAAAAACAAGACUCAUCGAAGACAUGCCUUUACACACAAACUUGCUGGCAAACGGAAAAGAGCAGACAGAUCAGCAUCGGAAGAGGAGAUUUCUUCCACCGCCGGGUCAGAAACAGCAGAUGAUGCGUCGGAUGAAGAUAGUGACGAGUCAGAUGAUGAUGAUGAUGAAGACCUGCCAGCAGUCACAACCCCGUCUCGUUCUCGGAGUCUGAACGGGGCGGGGCCGAAACCUCAAUCGACUCCCCGAGAUAAUGUUUCCAUUGCUGGCAGUUUGGACAGCAUGUUCGGUGAAUAUGAAGACUACUAUGAGGACGACGAAGAUCCCAAUUUUUCACCCGAAGAAAACCGAAAACGCUUUGAGAGCAAAGUCUUUGCCGAGUCGGAUAAUGAGAAUGAUGACAUUUAUCAGGCUGUCGACGACAUUAGUGACUUUGACGACGAUUUGGAUGACAACCGCAUUGAAGAACAUGAGUUGCUUGCAAUGCUGUCCGAGGAAGACCAUAGUGAUGCAGACUUUCUCCUCAACCAAAUCGACGGUCUUUCUGCCUAUGGCUUUGGAGACGAGAGCGACGUCAGCAUUCAUCGCUUCCCAUCGUCUCAAGCCAGUGACAGUACCGCUGAGACCGGACCAGAGAGGCGCGUACAUUUUGCCGUUGAGGGCGAUCGAUCACUCUACAUGCGCAUGUCAGAGUCUCCUACCAUUACUCGUGCCUUACUUCCCUCCGCACUACCGGAUUCCGGAUUUUCUAAUCAUGACGCCGAGAGACGAACCGGCGGUCUUGUCGACGAUCUAGAUGAUUCCGAUCUGACCGACGAUUGUUUGCCGGAAGAAGCACUUCAAGGCACUCCCAAUGGGCUUCAGCCGGAGAGAGACAUCUCGCCGUCGGUCACGCCGCCAUCGAAGAAAAUGGCCAAGAAGCCAAAUCGUCGCCGAGGCCCUCCUCGUGGUAUCUUCAUCGAUGAAGGAGACAAGACAUCUGGCAUUCUCGAUCGCUCCGGCAAAAUCAUUCUGAUGACAAAUCCUCAUUUACUGGGAGAAGAGUUUGCUCGUCGGUAUGGAGUGUCUCAAGCUUCCAGCCCUGAUGUCGGCUUCGCCGAGCUGAUUGAGGAGAGCGACAUCGGUGAACGCGACUCCACUGACCUUGUCGGCGCCCCCAGCACAGACAUUAUGUUGGCGAGUCUUAAUUCGGCCCUCAAUGACCCCACCAACCUUGGACAAGCUGUCGGCCCUCUAGAAGUGUUCUACCCGGCCGACAGCCUCGUCUUGGGAGAUUAUGCCAUUGAUCCCGAUGAAUUGGAAGAGGAUUUCCGUCCAGAGGAAGGACUUGGUGAAGACGUGAUCAACCUCCAUGAUGUGAUCCAGUUUGAUGAUGACACGGACGAUAGUGAUGCUCCAACGUCACCAAUCUUCAUGCCCCCUCCUUGUGAACUUUCCGGCAUUGGAAAUGUGAGCAAUGAGUUUGCACAUUUGAACAACAACAAUGUGACAGCGUUUCGGCGUAACGCCGACCCGGCUUUUGCCGCGUUGAGCAAUAUGCCGUCAUUCCGUGAUACGGAACUCUUUGGUUCUCCAUUUGCAACACCGGCACCUCGUCGCAAGCGGAAGAACCAUGCUUCUCCAUACACGUCCUCACAUUACAAAGGAGUUACUCCGGUCCAGCGUAUGUGGGAUCCCAAUCAACCCCAAACUCCUGACUCAUCGACUCCGGCAAAGAGACGCAGGAUAAUGAUUUAA